AUGGUUCCUACAACCUUCUUAACGACGCUGCCAAAGGUAGCUUUUGACAAAAUUGAAAUUUCAUCAAGUUUUGAAGGCGGCUCACUUGAAGCUGUAAAGCUGAUCCUGUCCAACCUUGAAAUUCAUAUGAAUCGCCCCGAUUUGUUGAGAGAGCAAAUGGAAAUCUCUUACGAUGAUGUGCGGAAUAUCACAAAACUGCCAAAAGCAAUAAGCAACGAAGAGAACCACCAAUUUCCUGAUAUUCUAGACUUUCUGAAACAAAAUCUGUCCAAAUAUGACCAUUCCAAUUGUGUGCAAAAGAAAGAGUCGAAAAGCUCGAAAAGUUCAAAAGCGAAGAGCAAGAUCAAAAAGGCGAAUUCAGAGGUGCCGAAGAAGGAAACGGAAAUGAACGGCACAGAUCGGAUAACCCUAAAAUCGGACACCAUGGCCCAAGAUGUUAAGAACAUGGAGCAGAUCAUCAAUCAGCUCCGGGCCAGCAAGCGAAACGAGUCUGCGGACGACCUAGAGGCUUAUGCGCAGUCUACGCAGAGACGCGACUCGGACGCAAGUAUCCCUACUUCGCGGAAAGAACGCAGCGUCCAAACCUGCGUGACGACGAAGGAGAAGCAGAUUCAAACGACGGCCGACCAUACCCUUUCAAAACAGAUCGAACAGAAGGACCGCCGCAUAAGUGAGUUAGAAGAUGCUCUUUCCAAGUCACGGAAGAAGGAAGAGAAGCUGCACAAAGCGGAGAAAGAGCUAGCGGACGCGCGAUUAAAGUGUCAACGCCAGACGAAAGAAAUCUCCAAUUUGGAGAGCUACAAAAAGACUGCUGAAAAUCACAGGGCAGAAAAUGAACAUUUAUGGGAAAAAUAUGAAUCUCUCGAGCAAAGUUAUGAUGUCGAGAAAAGCCGUUCAGCCGAUUUUGAAAAGAUGUGCCAUGAUCUUCAGAACCAGCUUCACCAGUUUAAGAUUGAUCGGAAUAAACAAGAGACACGGAGAAACUUGGAUCAGCGCAAUGAGUAUGAAAUGAAAUACCGGAAAAAAGCUGACCGCGUUAAUGAGUUUAAAGAAGCGCUCAGGGACCUAUACAAAGAGAAUCUGGCGCUGGAAGCAGCCCUGAAAACGCGGCCGAAUAAGUUUCGCAUCAAUCAAAUGGCGACUGAGUUGCGCGACCUGAAGCUCGAAGCUGAACGCUCUAAUGAUUUCGAGCAGAAUGGAUCGGUGACAAAUUACUCGGCCCUGCUUCAAGAAAACAACCUUCUCAAAAAAGAUGUUUCAAAGCUGCGGAAAGAGCUACGCCAAAACGAUCGUUUUAAAGAUCAAAUCGAAAAGCUAGAGACUGCUGGUGUGACCUCUUGCAGGAUCUGCGAACUAGACUACGAACCUAUCGGUGACAGAAAACGCUGCAAAUUGGCUUGCACGCACAUGAUUUGCACUGUGUGUGCCAAAGACUGGCUUUCGCGCAACGGGCUCUGUCCAUUCUGCAAGCACCCAUUUAAUCACUUAGAACCUAUUCACUUAUCUUGA